GUAGUUAUAGCAAAAGUAGCUACGCCAUCUGUAAAAAAGUUAUACUACAUUCAUCUCGCCAAACUCAACCGUUAUCGAGAUAAACGCAUUUUAAAUCUGAGAGACAACAUAAUGUUUUGCAUAAGUAAUAUCAAAUAAUAAUAUCAAAUAAUAUCAAAUUUUUAAACACCUGACUUAUCUCAAAUACGAUUGCGCGAAGCCGUGGAAUUUACGAGACGCGCUCGGUCUGUUGAUCCAAGUACGAUUUUGGUUAAAAGUUAACCUAACUUUUAAUAGUUGUCAAAUGUCAAAUAUUUUGUUUUGAUUGGAAAGACCGAUUAUAAAUUUAUUUCCUUUUAGGAUAAACUAUUAGUAAUUGUACUUAGAAAGCGAAAUUCACAAAACCAAUAUCAAAAUGCCGUCAAAAGGACCCUUAGUGUGUUUAAAAUGUGAAACCAGUGAAUCUCCUAUAUGGACAAACGCUGAAAGUUUAGGCUCUAUUUGUUUGGACUGUGUAAACGAAGCCAAAGAUAAUAUGAAAUCCGAAUUAGAAAAUGAGGAAGAAGACAAUAAAAUUGGUAAAUCGAAGCCAAGAAAUACAAGAUCUUAUCGAACACGAUUAAAUCCUUUUGCUGUACCCAAAGUAUCUGCUCCUAAGACAAGAGGUCGUAGAGGCUUGACAAAGAAAACACCAGUCAAAGCUCCUACAGAUGUAGCUACAACUGUAACCAGUGAAUAUGUCUUUUAUAAGGGCAGCUAUAUUCAAGUUGGUGAUAUUGUAUCAGUAAAAGAUGUUGAGGGUGAUGUAUAUUAUGCUCAAAUAAGAGGUCUUCUAACUGAUCAAUUUUGUAAUAAAAGUGCAGUUUUAACUUGGUUAUUGCCAACUCAAGAAAGUCCUCCACCAAAUGAAAGGUUUGAUGCUGCUACAUAUAUUAUUGGUCCAGAGGAAGAUGUAGCAAGGCGUUUGGACUGUAUGGAAUUUAUUAUGCAUGCUCCAUCUGACUAUUAUAAAGCAAACAAUACACCAUAUCCUUCGCCUUUUCCUUCUGCAGAACGUGGUUAUAUUUGGACAUCGAUUAAUUCAAUGAGUAUUUAAAUAAGGAAUUCAGCAGACUCUUUGCAUAUUACACUUUUUUGAAAAACACUUUUAAUUUAUUUGAAACAUAUUGUAAAAUAUUUUUAUUUUCAUAUUUGUAUAUUAUUUUGUAUAAAUUAUAAUUCCUAAA